AUGGAAUCUCCCGACUUAACCUCUGCCUUUGAAUCGUUCUCUGAUUUUGGCCCUUCUGUAUCCUCCAUCUGGUCAGAGUCGGGCGUUUAUUCCCGGUCUGCCUGGGAUUCGCUGUCCGACCCUGGCCCUUCUGGGCGUGCCCUCCGGAACAGAUAUCCUUAUUUCAUUUCCCUCCCACAACUUCCGAAAGCGAAGCCUAACUUUCGUGCACAGUUCAUCUCGUCUCGUGGGAAUGAGUAUUUCUGUGAGAUUGAUGAAGAAUACUUGACCGAUCGCUUCAAUCUUACCGGCUUGAACACCGAGGUUCCCUAUUAUCAGUAUGCUUUGGAUCUGGUGACAGACGUCUUCGAUCUCGAUGCGGAUGAUGAACUUCGCGAACAAAUUGAGAAAUCAGCACGCCACCUGUAUGGCUUGGUUCAUGCUCGGUACAUCGUCACAACGCGCGGUCUAGCUAAAAUGGUCGAGAAAUAUAAGAAAGGCGAUUUCGGGAAAUGCCCCCGUGUCAUGUGUGAUGCCAAUACCCUCCUCCCGAUGGGCCAGCACGAUAUCGCCAACAUGAGUACCGUCCGCUUGUACUGCUCCAAGUGCGAGGAUAUCUACAACCCCAAAUCUUCACGACAUGCUUCGAUCGACGGAGCGUAUUUCGGUUCCUCCUUCCCCAGCAUGCUUUUCCAGGUCUACCCUGCUCUUCUUCCCGAAAAAAGCACCCGUCGCUAUGAGCCACGCAUCUACGGUUUCCGUGUCCAUGCCAGUGCCGCACUUGCCCGCUGGCAGGAUCGUUAUCGCGAAGAGACUCGCACCCGUCUUCGUGAUGUUGGGGUAGAAGUUCGAUACAUCGAGGAUAGCGAAGAUGAGGAAUUGGAAGAUGAAGAAGAUGAACCAGGCACUGAGUCGAAGGAAGUUAGGGCUUCAGGCGAUGCUGCUUCCGGUCGUAUGGACCUUGGUAACUAA